UUCAAGUAGGUCUGGAGUUUGGGGAACCCCGGUUAGCUAGCUAAUGUCAUUAGCAAAAGUUAAACAGUAGACAAAGGUGGGAAACAAGGAGUCGUUUUUAAAGUUAACGUUACAGGGCUACAAUUUGUGACCACAAUCAGUCAUUUAAAAAUGAAGUGUCCGUCCAACUACGAGGAACCCCGGUUUCCAUGCAACAUGGAGAAACAUGUCGCAUACAAGGAGUCGGGCCUGAAAACCUCCCCACUAAAGGAAUGCGUCCAAGUAGUAGUCAAACCACAGCUCUCACCAUGUGUCACCACCGCUGCCAACUUUUGCCUCAAGGAUAAUGUGAAAGGUGUUCACAAUAAGGAGAACAACCAACAUGAUGGGGUACUUGACGAGGUAAACCUAGGCUGUGAAGCAUUCGAGGACAGCGGUUUCCUCUCUUUACAGAACAGCCAGAUAGAGGACGUUGAUAACAUAAAGGAACUAGAGCAGUCUCCAGGACAGGAUAUAUUCUCCCCAUGUACUCCAGUUGCUGAUUAUCACAAGGCUAAGCAUACUGCCUCAAAACUCCCCAUACUGAAGUUUCAACACGCUGUAUGCCAAGAACUCGCCAACAGUUUCAAGAGGACCCAUAGCUAUGACUGGUCUGUCAUUAGCCGGCUAGCAGAGGACUCUGGCCUUGAAAGGGUUUUGGGUGGGAACAUGGGCCUUGAAUAUAUGGAUGUUUUAAAAGCACUGCUGGAGAGGGACAUGAAGCACAUCCUCACCAGGAUCCUGCGUCUGCUAGGAGAUGUCAACUUGAUAAGCUGUAGAAAAGUGAGCAAGACCUGGAGAAAAAUCAUCUACCAAGACAAGUCUGCACUCCGUAGAUGCGACCAGGCUAAACAGAGACUCAGGGACCCAAGAACUUCUGUAGGACUGGAGAAUGUCGGCUCUUUGACACGAGACGCCGCCCUGUCCCGGGUUGUAAUGUCCUGUAUGCAGAGGGUAGCUUCAACCCCUAUCCAUAAGUCUAACUAUAGGAUGCUCUCCCAGAGAGAAGGCACACCGUCGCUGUACUGCUCCCAGCAAUCUCGCUUCAGAGAAUACCAAGAGGCUGCCAGUUUGCUGAAGCAGCACGAGUCGCUGAAGCCCUGUAAGCGCUGCGGCUCUCCUGCCAAGCACAACGCAGAUGCCAUGAGGGCCACCUGUACCCGCCUCAGCUGUGCCUUUGACUUCUGCACCCUGUGCCAGGGCCCUUUUCAUGGCUCCUCAGCCUGCCACACAGGGCUGGCCCGGGGGCCUAGCAGCUCCAGAGCCAUCCUCAUCGGCAGCGCUCGCAGCAAGAAGAACGUCAGGCGCCUGUGAGAUCAACGCAGCCCUGGAUGAAGACUCAAUAACGCACCUUUUUUUAAAACCAACUAAAUUUCAACUAUUAUUUAUUAGUUUUAUUCAUGGACCUUUUAGCCCACUGCCUCCUCUCCACAUACCAAAGGGAUCUCGGCUAUUGGAAUACCCUGUAUUAGAACACAUUGUAUUCUGGGACAAUCCCGUGAUGCCAGGUGUCCGGCAUUUGUCGUCAGAAAGCGACAAUCUUACUGGAAGCCAAAAAAAGAAUGUUUACCUGAAUUGUACAUUCAUUUCAUAUUUCAUGGAAUAUCCGUCUGUAAAUAUAUUUGUCUUUUAAAUGUGAAAUGUAAAUAUUUAUAUUGUUGAAAUAAAUGUAUCUUUCGCGAUUUUCUAAA